GGUGGUGCGGCAGAGAAGAAAGUCAUGACCAAUGAGGAGCCGGUGCCAUCGACGAGCAGUGUGCUCAGUGCAGCCGAGAAAAACGUGAAGAUAGAGACUCCUUCAAGGAAGCGAAAAGGACUUGAUAUUGAUGCACUUUGGAGGAAGAAAUUUAAAGAUGUCGAAAAUCAAAAAUCACCGGAGAAAUCUGAAAAGUCUGAAAAAACGAUUAAAGAAGAGCCUCUAGAAACACAUCCAUCUGGAGAAAGAAAACUUCGAUCUGCAUCCAAAGAUUCAAAAUCAUUAUCAAAAGAAACUCACAAUACAAUAAGCACAAGGUCUUCUUCGUCUGGAACACCUCGUAAGAAAAUGGAGCCUGAAGAUGUGAAGCCAAAUAUCAAGAUGCUCAAGAAAUCAUUGCCAGUCUCAUUUCAAUGUUCUAACCUAAAUGAUGGUACCGUGGGAGAUGCGUCAGUGAUGUUAGAUCCUACAAAGAUAUCGUUGCACUCGAGCUCAGUUGCCUAUGGAGAGGAGUCGCAGGAUGAAAUGGAGGUCAUCCAACACUCGACAGACGAUCCGAAUGGCACGCGAGAGGAAUUCGACUAUAAUCAAAUUGAAUAUGGAAACGCGGUUACUCCAAAUGGCACAUACACUCUCUAUGCUCCGGAUUCAAACUAUGCGCCGUACUAUCAGUAUUCAAACAACAUGCAGUCAAGCCCUCAAGACAAUGCACCAUAUUUGGUCCCUGCUCCACAGUCCCCGGUCUCGAUCGACGACGCAGACUCGAUCAACUUGCCGAACAAUCAACGAGCUUCCCCCGCAACGGUGAACUGGCUCUUCGAGAAUUACGAGAUUGGAGAAGGGUCGCUGCCAAGAUGUGAACUCUACGAUCACUACAAAAAGCAUUGCGCUGAACAUCGAAUGGAUCCAGUGAACGCUGCCUCAUUCGGAAAGCUCAUCCGAUCCGUCUUCCACAACCUCAAGACCCGACGGCUGGGCACCCGCGGCAACUCGAAGUACCACUACUAUGGCAUCCGUCUGAAGGACUCCUCAACGCUUCAUUCCAUGCAGCAUCCACAGCCUCAAAUCAUUCAAAACACAUACACUCCGCCAAUGCAGCUACCGCAAAGAGAUGCGUAUGCUGAUACGGUAAACCAGGUGGCAGCAAUCAAAUAUAUGGAUGUUGAGAUUCCGGAUAAACGAGCGAGAAAGGACAACUCAUCGUCGUCAUCAUCCUGCAGAGACAGCGUCUCUCCUUGCAUGGAUCUUCCAGCUCAACAAACCAUACAGCAUACCCCCGUCCACUCAGUCAUACCAUCAACGCAACAACCUGCUCCAUUACAUAACAACAAUGUAGUAUCGUAUGUAGUAACUGAAAGUGAUAAAGCCGCGAUGGGAAAGAUUGAUCUUCCAAUUGUGCCGUUUCCGGAUAAGGAUGCACUGAUGGCUACUAUUGGAUUCCGAAAACUUGGCGUCGGAGAGGAAGAGCUCAACUCUUUGAUUGACAUCUACGAAAUCUUGUGCCGAGAAAUUCUGGCUCUGAUCAAAAACAUUGAUUUUGCAUCAGUAGAAGACACUUGGAGCAAAUUUUGGUCCGGAAACUUUGGAGUUGAUCGAGAUCACAUUAGUGCUCUUUGUACACUCGAUCAAGUUCAAGACUACAUUAUUGAAGUGGACCUUGCAUUGUACCAAACCAUCGUCGAUACUCUUAUCCCAAACGUUUUGCUCUCGGAGCUCUCCACAGGAAUGACCCAGACGUGCCGAACAUUUGCUAAAAAUAUUGAUGUGUACUUGAGGAAAUCGCUGAUGCUCGCAAAUCUCGGAGAGUUUUUCGUAAAAAAGAAGAUCCAGGCAAUCAAGUAUUUGCAACAAGGGCUCAAACGAUACACUUCUUUGAAUCAUUUGGCUCACGCUUCUCGUGGAGUUUUGAUGAAACCAGAGCAAGUUCAGCAGAUGUAUCAAGACUAUAUUCGAGUUGAUAUCAACACAGUCCACCAGCAAGCCGGAUGGAUUUGUGGUUGCGAUAGUGUCAUGGUGCACCAUGUGAACAACGCCUUCAAGCAUAACCUUCAACGGAUGAGUGCAAUGGAGGUAUGGGCCGAGUGGCUGGAAAGUAUUGUGGAUCAAGUGCUCGCCAAGUAUCACGACAAACCGGCAAACGUGAUUGCUAAUGUCGGAAAGCAAUUUCUGCUCAACUGGAGUUUCUACACAUCGAUGAUCAUUCGGGAUCUGACUUUGCGAUCAGCCAUGUCAUUCGGAUCUUUCACUCUGAUUAGGUUGCUGGCCGAUGAUUACAUGUAUUAUUUAAUUGAGUCGAAAAUUGCUAAAGCCGGAAAACAACAACUCAUCACGGUAAUUCGUGCCGACAAGGACUGGCCGUUGACUACAAACCCUCAGGAAUACAUAGUGGUAGCCAAUGACAAUGACGAAGACCUUGACCUCGAGAAAGCAGGUCUUCUGUAAAAAGUUCUCAAUUUCUUUCACCUCCAUUUUCUACCAUAGAUCUCACUUCUCCUAAAAUGUUCUAAAAUUCUAGUCUCCCGUCUCCAUCUUGCCCCUCUCCCGGAUAAAAACUGUGACAUAAUUAGCACUGUAGUUCAAUUCAUUUUGUUUUCACAAAUUGCUUUCCACGAAAGCUUCUACCCCUAUGAUCUCUUCUACACAAACCCUAGUGAUAUACAAUGCCAAUUUCCAGUCAGAUUAUCGUUUUCAGAAAAAAUUAUAAUUAAAAAUUCUAUAAUAAUGCCAAGAGAUAUUUCCCCUUAUUUAUCGAAAUUUGGCCCCUAUUUUCAUGUUUUGUGAUUUGCAUUUCUCUCCUCUCAACCUACUUCAUUCGAAGAAAUGUUUUGGUUUUCAUUUUCAUUUUCGCCUUCAUAAAGGUUUUUGUGGUACAAA